AUGAUCGCCAUCUGCCGUGACCUGUACCUGCCCCCUCGCAGCAGAUGGUGCUUGCCCACGCACCGCCGCCGCCACCGCCUCCACCACCUGCUGCUGCGCCGGCUGGCUUCUUCUUUGGACCUCCUCAUCCUCAUCCUCAUGCUCCUCACCAUCCUCUGCCGGAUCCUCAUCAGCCUCCUCCUCACAUCCACAACCCAGCCAUCAACCUCCCUCCAAUCCCAGGCCACACCUCCUCCUCCAGCCAACAACGCACCUCCAGCCAACAACGCACCUCCAGCCAACAACGCACCUCCAGCCAACAACGCACCUCCAGCCAACAACAACGUACCUCCAGCCAACAACAACCCUGUUCCUCCCCUUCAGCCAGCCGGCCAGCAACCACCUGCGCAGCAACAGAACAACCAACAGCAACAGCCUGCGCAGAAUCAGCAGCAACAACCUGCAGGAACCAGGAUCCACAUUUUCAGUGGGAAGGCCCACGGGCCCGCAAGAGGCCCCGGCGAAACUGAGGAGUAA